AUGGCUCUCACGCAAAGACAGCCAGACAUAUCUUACCACCCCGACUUUGAGAAAUACCAAUUGCGUACCGAGCGACUUCAGCCCCAACGACCGGUCAAUCCCAGCCUUCCAAUUGGAUUUCCCGCACAGCUUACUGGGGCCUUGGUCUGGGAGGGAAAGGAUUUCACUGAUGAAAAUCAGUGGACAUUGUCUCUGACCGACUCUCAACUUCAGGAAAUCCACGAAGCACUAUUACAGUUCAAAAGUCAAGGCAAACCUAUUGGCUAUGUCAACCAAGAUACUUUCCUUUUGCCGGAACUUGGUCCAAUACUCCGCCAGGAAGCUCGAGCAUUACAAGCCGGUCCGGGAUUCUUCGUUCUUAGAGGUCUUCUGGUAGACAGGUAUAGCAGGGAAGAGAACAUCAUCAUCUAUGCCGGUGUAUCUUCAUACAUUGGGAGUAUCCGAGGCCGUCAAGGUAGAGCGACUGUAGACGGAGUAUCGAAAUCCACCAUGCUUAACCACAUUAAAGACCUUAGCCAGACAGCAGUGGCAAAGAAUAUUGGAGCACCAGCAUAUACGACCGACAAGCAAGUGUUCCACACGGAUGCGGGAGACAUUGUCUCAUUAUUCUCCCUCAAUACGGCUGCUCAAGGUGGUGAAAGCAAGCUUGCAAGCAGCUGGAGGGUUUACAACGAAAUUGCAAGGACUAGACCAGAUGUUAUCAAGACUCUGGCCGAAGAUUGGGCCUUUGACGGGCAAGUUAGAGUACAAAUAACAGAAAUAGAUUUGGAGCUGAUUUUUGUAGCUACGGUAAUGCCGAAAAACCUUCAAUAUGCUCGUCGUGGGUUUACAGGAUUUUUGCAUCUCCCGAGAAGCAAAGACAUUCCCCCGAUCACUGAAGCGCAAGCCGAGGCUCUGGAUGCACUUCACUUCCUGGCGGAGAAGUUCAGUUUGACACUCGACUUUCAGAAGGGAGACGUGCAAUAUGUUAACAACUUGAGUAUUUUCCAUGCUAGGGAUGCUUUUGUGGACACCCCUGGACAGGAGAGACAUUUACUUCGACUAUGGCUGAGAGAUCCCGAGCUGGCAUGGGAGACUCCAGCUGCAUUACAGCCGCGGUGGGAUGAGUUAUACAAAGACAUAACGGAGGAUGAUCAAGUGUUUCCUCUUGAGCCGUACAUUCGAGAAGGCGCUGGUAAGGCUUAA